UGUUGCUGUGAACUUGUCACAUUAUAUAUAAUUACGUUAAAAAGGUGAGAGUAGGAAAUAGGCACUUAUUAAAAGUCUGAAGCUCUGAAAUCAGAACACUGGAGCCCAAAGACAAUGAAGAGAGUGGGAGAAGAGGUGAUGAAGAAGUGGAUAAGAGAGAAGGAGAAGUAGGAGAAGAAGGGGAGAUGGCUACUGGAGAAGUGGUGAAGAGGGCAGAGUGUGGAUGUUGUGGGAUGUGGGAGGAGUGCACAGUGGACUACAUAGGAUGGGUGAAGGAGAGGUUCGGUGGCAUAUGGGUUUGUGGCCUCUGCGAAGAAGCCAUCAAGGAUGAGCAAGCAAGGCUUGGUGUGGGCGUUGAGGUUGCUCUGAGGGUCCAUGCCAUGUUUUUGGAGACAGCCCAACCUGAUCCUGCCAUUUGCAUCGCUGGUUCCAUCAUCCAUCUUCUCAAGAAGAUCUUGUCUUCCUCUUCCUCUACUUCUUCCUCCAAUGCUUCUCAACCUUCAAAUUCUCCCUUGUAGCUCCUCACCCACAAAGCUAAUACUUUACAUGUUUCUUAGUUGUCUUGUUCCUAGCUUGACAAAGCUCUGCUACUAGCCAUUAACAGUAAGUAGUCCGUACUAUAAUAAUGUAAAGGGGCUAAUUGAACAUCAAUCAUGCAAGUCUAACUUUUACUUAA